UUCUUUUAGCCUUUUUGAAAUACAUACUUUUUCCAAUGUCAGACGAUGAGGAUUACAUGUCUAGCACUUUUAUGGAGAAAAUGAAUGACGUUAAACCAGGUAUUAAUUCUUCCCGGAUAGCCCAGCGUUCUUUAAAAAUUCAUGCAAAUCGUCUAGCGGCAGAGGAAAGACAACAAAAUGAAAAACCAAAAAAUAGGGAGCAGAUGGAGAAAAAUAGAAGAGAAGAGGGUAUAUCCAAGCCCAUUGGAAGUGACAGCAAAGGAUUUAAAUUGUUAUCAUUGAUGGGUUAUAAACCUGGAAUGAGCCUUGGAAUUAAACGAGAAGGAAGUCAAACAGAAGGAAUAAAAGAACCCAUAUCAAUUCAAGUCAAGGCAAAUAGGAGCGGUGUAGGACACGAGGAAGAACAAACUGAAAAACAACGCCAAGUUUGUGAAGCUCAUAUGGAAAGGAUGAUGAAAAGGGCGAGAAUGGAGGAAUCCCUAGCUGUCGAUUUUCGCAAUAAAAAAAGAAUGCUUGCGUUACAAAAACAAAUAAUUAGUGACAUUCAACAGGCUAGAAGUGCGUGUCAACAAAUGGAUUUAAGCCUAUCUCACAUAAUUGGUUAUCUGAGGAGAGAACACUUUUAUUGUGUCUGGUGUGGCUGUGCCUAUUCAGAUUCUGAUGAUAUUGAAAAUGCCUGCCCUGGUUCUACAAGAAGUGCACAUGAUGAAUAAAUUGAUUUUUAAAUGGUUUUU